AUGGCCGCCAAUGCAAAACUAACAAAUGAUUCAUCAGGUGAGUCUGUUGAUGUUACACUAUACAGAAGUAUGAUUGGAUGUUUGUUAUAUUUGACUGCUAGUCGGCCUGAUAUUGCAUUUAGUGUUGGUGUUUGUUCUAGAUUUCAGUCUAAUCCUAAGGUUUCACACUUAAAUGCUGUUAAAAGAAUAAUUAAAUAUGUUGCUGGAACUUGUGACUAUGGAUUAUUUUAUAGCAAAGAGUCUAAUCUAUCUCUUGCUGGUUUUUCUGAUUUUGAUUGGGUUGGUAAUGCUGAUGAUAGAAAAAGCACCACUGGUGGAUGUUUUUAUGUUGGUGCUAACCUUGUUGCCUGGAUGAGCAAAAAGCAAAAUUCUGUGUCUUUGUCUAUUGCCGAGGCAGAAUAUAUUGCUGCUCGAAAGAGUCAGAAUGCUGACAUUUUUACCAAACCUCUUGAUAGAAGUAAGUUUGAGACUCUUCGUCAAGUGAUUGGUGUGAUUCUGUGUCCCUAA